CUUUUCUAUGUUAGCAAUGGGAGUUGACUAAAGCAGCUAGCUAUCUGAGUUCUUGGCUGUGUUUUGAGAGAAAAGAAAAUUAAAGAAUGAUGUGGAGAAGAAAUCUUUGUGUAGUGGUGGUAUUGAUUGCAGGAGUUUUUGGAGGUGAACUAUACACUGUGGAUGGCCGGCCUCACCGUAUUCUUUUAGAUACAGACGUGGAUACUGAUGAUUUGCUUGCUCUCUCAUACCUCUUGAAGCUCAAUAGAUCAGAAUUUGAGUUGGAGGCAGUGACUAUAAGUGCUAAUGCAUGGACUGAUGCUGGACAUUCUGUGCAUCAUAUUUAUGACAUUCUAUAUAUGAUGAAUCGAGAUGAUAUUGCUGUUGGUGUUGGAGGAGAAGGUGGAAUACUUGAAGACGGUACCAUUUUGCCAGAUGUUGGGGGAUAUCUUCCUAUAAUUGAACAGGGAGUUUCAACACUUGGAGGUUGUAGAUUUAGGCAAGCAAUUCCUAUAGGACAAGGAGGAAGAUUAGACAAAGAUACUAACUUUGGGGUUCGAAAAUCAUUCCUUCCACAGGGCAACAGGAAAUAUUCUCCUCUUCAACAGCCUACUGCUCAACAAGUGAUGAUUGAUAAAGUCUCUGCAGGUCCUAUCACAGUGUUUCUUAUUGGAUCUCAUACAAACUUUGCCAUUUUUCUCACGAAUCAUCCACAUUUGAAGAAAAAUGUCGAGCACAUAUACAUAAUGGGUGGGGGAGUGGAAUCCAGUAACCCGACUGGUUGCUGCCCUGGAAAUGGUACCAGUGCUUGUCCAGUCAGUCAGUGUGGUGACACUGGUAACUUGUUUACUGAGUACAAUAGUAAUCCUUAUGCUGAGUUCAAUAUCUUUGGGGAUCCUUUUGCUGCUUAUCAGGUUCUUCAUUCUGGUAUUCCAGUCACUCUUGUUCCCCUCGAUGCAACAAACACUAUCACAUUAAGUGAGAAGUUCUUCAAGGCAUUUGAGCAGAGGCAGGAUACCUAUGAGGCACAAUAUUGCUUCCAGUCCUUGAAAAUGGCGCGUGAUACUUGGUUUGAUUCAAAUUUCUACUCGAGCUACUUCAUGUGGGAUUCAUUUACAAUUGGUUUAGCAGUCUCCUCAAUCAUCCGAAAUUCCCACAAUCAAGAUGGGCAAAAUGAAUUUGCUGAUAUGAAAUAUAUGAAUAUAACAGUAGUCACUUCAAAUGAACCAUUUGGAAUAUCUGAUGGCUCAAAUCCAUUUUUCGAUGGCCGUAAUGUUCCAAAGUUCCAUUUAAAGAAAGGUGGAGUGCAUAGUGGUCAUGUCCAGAGAGGACUUUGGGAUCCCUUUUGCUUUGUAAAGGGUGGGAAAGGGAAAUGCAAGGAUGGUUACACCGCGAAGGUAAUAGGUCCUGAUGCAGUUCGUGUUCUUGUCGCCAAAAACGCAAAACCUAGUCAGGACAUUGGUGGUGAACUUGACAGGGCAUUCUACAAAAACUUCUUGGAUGUUAUUAAUCUUGCGCAGCAUACCGGGAGAUUCAGUUUUACAACAGAAUUUCCUUAUUAUAGAGAGGUUUUUUAUAAACCGGAUUUCAGAACCAAAAAGUUGGGGAAACCAGUUAUAUUUGACAUGGAUAUGAGUGCUGGAGAUUUUCUUGCUCUAUUUUAUCUCCUAAAAGUACCUGUCCAAGUGAUUGACCUCAAGGCAAUAAUAGUAAGUCCAACCAGCUGGGCAAAUGCUGCAACAAUACAUAUUGUUUAUGAUUUACUGCAUAUGAUGGGUCGUGAUGACAUUCCAGUUGGUCUAGGAGAUGUAUUUGCCAUGAACCAGACUGAUCCCCUUUUUCCUGCUGUUGGAGACUGCAAAUAUGCUAAAGCAAUCCCUCAUGGGAGUGGAGGAUUCCUGGACUCAGAUACUCUUUUUGGGUUUGCUCGAGAUCUGCCUCGAAGUCCUAGAAGGUACACAGCAGAAAACUCUGUAGAGUUUGGUGCUCCCAGAAAUACUUCUCAUCCUGAACUAAGACAACCUCUAGCAUUUGAAAUCUGGGGUUCUGUAUUGAAAACCCUGGAUCCUGGAUCCAAGAUUACAGUAUUAACCAAUGGGCCCUUGACUAACUUAGCAAAGAUCAUUCUAUCCAAUACAAGUACAGUCUCAAAGAUUCAGCGCAAACUAAGUUCAUUUCCCAGGAUACUAGAGACGCUGCAACAAACAAGGGAGAGUCCUGAAUCACAAUUCACGAAGCAGCUACUGUCCAGGCUACACUGGCUACAACAAGCUCAUCAGAGCUAUCAGCACAUGGAUAUAUUCUUGGGUGAGAUCUUUGGUGCUGUUCUCUUGAGCAGUGAUCAUUCCAUUCUGAAGCCUACCUUCAAAGAAAAGCACAUCAGGGUCGUUGCUGAAGGUGAUGAAUCCAUAGAUGGACAAAUUGUGAUUGAUAAGAGGCAAGGAAAAUCCAUUAAAGUUUUGAGAAACGUUAUUCCUGUGGCAUACUAUGAUCUAUUUGCAAAUCGAUUGAGUGAUAAAGAGCAGUCUGCUGUAUUAGGAAGCUAUGAUGAACAGACAAAAAUCUGGAGUAGCCCCCCUUCAAACCAAGAAAUCUCAGAUAACUGAGAUAAGGCAUUGGAUGAUGAUCAAUUACUAAGAAUAGAAACUGGUUCUUUUUUCUUGAUAGGUCAGAAGUUUCGGUUAUGUUUUGAUAUUCUUCAACACGGAAUCAUGCUUCAAAUAGAAAUGGUUUAUGGUGGGCUUUGUAAACAUAUCAAUAAAGAGGUUAAGAACAG